GACUCUUGUUUACAGCAGAGAUUCCACGGCGGAGCGGAGACCCACAGCCUGCGUUGACCGAGGGCGAACCAUAGGAUUCCACAGCCUCCGGAAAUACACGCAACGGUAGUUUUUGUUUCCUGUCUUUUAUGAGGAUUAAAAGGCAAAAAACACUAAACACGCGUAAAGGGCAGGUCCUUGUGGACACAUUCUCCCUCCCACCCCGGCCGAGGUCGUCUAGCUGGAGAGCUGGAGAGCCCCAUUCUCCUCUUGCGUGGCACAAGUCUGGUAUUUUCUUUCAGCUGCAAAUCCGACUGACGGCAGAGAUAAGUCCGACCCGAGGAGCUGGAAAAUUGGUUUAAAAAGCGACUUGUCACCGCGGGCCAGGACUGCUUGGUGGGGAUCGAGAGCCUGUGCUGGUUGAAUGGCAUAAUCAAAAAAAGGUUUUUCAUUCAUUUUUCAACCUCGCAGCCACCACCCCUGUGGAUCUGGACGUGUUUUCUGGCCCCACUCCUCCUUCUCAUACACAGUCAUUCACACAGGGGGAUUCUUGCGAGCGACACUGGCGUUAAUUUAUCAUGGUGGCAAAGGCUUCUUCCAAUAACAUUUAGUCUGGUAUCUUUUCUUUUUUUAAUUCUCCUACUACCAGGCCUGAUCGCACUGUACGCGCACUGCUGUUUUCAAGAGAUGGAGACUGAAGAUGGGGAUUACCAUCAUUUAUCCAGUAAAAUCACUGGCUUGUGUGCCAUACCAGCCGACGUCAAAGUAUCUUGUGAUUGGCAAAAAUAGCAGACUGUUUUAGUAUUUUUUUCUUCUUCAAAGGAAUUCCCUGUUAUAAGGGCUUGUGCACAGUUAUUUAUAUUUUUUAGAGCAAACCCUGGGAGCCACGCAUUUGCAGGCUACAUAAAGUAGCCUUUUUAAGGCUACAGACACAUUUAUUUUUCCUCUUUUUUCCUCUUAUUUGUUUCGGAGCCGGUGUGCACAACCUUUUAUUUUUUACUUUGAAUUUUAUUUUAUUUUUUGAAGAGGUGAAUAAUGCUAAGGAACAUGAGAUCUGACACACGGAUGGGUAGCCCGACCUUGUAUUGGGGUCUGAUGCUGUAUGUCUCCACUAUGUGCAUCUGGUCCACACAUGCAGAGAUUUGUGGCCCGAGCAUUGACAUUCGAAAUGAGAUCAGCGAGUUCAAGCGUCUGGAGAACUGCACGGUGGUCGAGGGCUACCUGCAGAUCCUCCUCAUCAACGACAAGACCAAUAACAUCAACCAGGAGGUCUUCCGCUCCCUCAGCUUCCCAAAGCUGACCGUCAUCACCGACUACCUGCUGCUGUUUCGCGUCUCGGGCCUUGACAGCCUCAGCAUGCUCUUCCCCAACCUCAGUGUCAUCCGCGGGCGCAAUCUCUUCUACAACUACGCCCUGGUGAUCUACGAGAUGACCAGCCUGAAGGACAUCGGCCUGUACAAUCUGAGGAACAUCACCCGGGGAGCCAUGCGGAUUGAAAAGAACCCCGAGCUCUGCUACCUGGACUCGGUGGACUGGUCGCUUAUUAUGGAUGCUGAGUUCAACAACGUUAUCAAUGGGAAUAAGAAGGCAAAGGAAUGUGACAAUGUUUGCCCAGGCAUCAUGGAGGAUAAUCCUCUCUGUCAGAGGACGUCGUUCAAUGACAACUACGACUAUCGCUGCUGGACCUCCAACCAGUGCCAGAAAGUAUGCCCACAACACUGCAAGCUCGCCUGCACAGACAAGGGGGAGUGCUGCCACAGCCAGUGCCUGGGCAGCUGCACUGAACCCAACAACGACAUGGCGUGCUCCGCCUGCCUCCACUAUUACCACGAGGGUCGCUGUGUGCCGGACUGUCCCCGGGACACUUACAAGUUUGAGGGCUGGCGCUGCAUCACCAUGGACCUGUGCUCCCAAGUGCACCUGCCCGGCGACACUCACUUCGUCAUCCACGGGGGAGAGUGCAUGCCCGACUGCCCCUCUGGCUUCACCCGCAACGAGACUAAUCGCAUGUUAUGCAAUGCCUGCAACGGCCCGUGUGAUAAGCCCUGCACAUCACCUGUCAUCGACUCUGUGGAUGCUGCUCAAUCCCUGAAGGACUGCACUGUCAUCGAAGGCAACCUGGACAUCAACAUCCGCCGUGGAAAUAACAUAGCGUCUGAGCUGGAGAGCUUCAUGGGAUUGAUUCAGAAAGUGACGGGCUAUGUGAAGAUUCGACACUCCCACGCACUUGGCUCACUGUCCUUCCUCAAGAGCCUGCGUUACAUCAAUGGGCAGGAACUCAUCGACAACAUGUAUGCAUUCUCCGCCAUCAACAACCAGCACCUGCAGCAUCUGUGGGACUGGAAUCAGCACAACCUGACUAUUGGGAAUGGACGUCUUUUCUUCCGACUGAACCCCAAACUGUGCAUGUCUGAGAUCCACAAGAUGUGGGAGAAGACAGGCAUAACUGUGAGGCCAGAGGAGGGAGAUUUCCGUAACAACGGUGAAAGAGCCAGCUGUGAAAGCCAUAUCUUGAAGUUCAAGUCUAACAUCACAACGAGCCAUACGAUCAAGCUGUCAUGGGAGCGCUACCGGCCGCCGUACUACAGAGACCUCAUCAGCUUCAUAGUCUACUACAAGGAGUCCCCUUUCCAGAACAUCACAGAGUUUGACGGGCAGGAUGGCUGUGGCUCAAACAGCUGGCACAUGGUGGACGUGGAUCUCCCUCUGGAUAAAAUCAUUGACCCAAAAGUCACCCUUCAACACCUCAAGCCCUGGACCCAGUAUGCUAUUUUUGUGAAGGCCAUUACCCUGCAGGUGGAGGACAAACACAUUACUGGAGCAAAGAGUGAUAUAAUCUACAUUCGCACACGGCCAUCCCUGCCGUCUGUGCCCAAAGACGCCCGUGCAUAUGCCAACUCCUCAACAAAGCUAAUGGUGAAGUGGUCACCUCCAGUCUUUCCCAACGGCAAUCUGACCUACUACCUGGUCCGCUGGCAGCAGCAGCCUGAGGACAGGGAGCUGUACCAUCAUAACUACUGCUCCAAAGAGCUGAAGAUCCCGAUCCGUAUCCCAGCCACGGGGUUCACAGACAUGGAAGACAACACCAAGCCCACCAAGUCAGACCUGGCGGGGGCAGAGAAGGGCCCGUGUUGUGUUUGCCAGAAGACGCCUGAGGAGAAAGACCGGGAGAAGGAUGACCGCGUCUUCUUUAAAAUCUUUGAGAACUUCCUUCACAAUGCCAUCUUUCUGCCGAGACCUCCAGAUCGUCGACGUAGAGAUGUUUUUGGUGUGGCUAACAACACACUGCUGCCUGACGGUGUUGGUCGAGGGAACACCUCCAUGGGCCCGGGGGAUAACAGUACAGAUGGCAUUCCUCCUAUCAGAGAAUACCCCUUCUCAGAAGACAAGAGCUCAGUAGAAUAUUUAGAGAUCCCCACCCUGCGGCCCUUCACUGUCUACCGCAUCGACAUCCACGCCUGCAACGAAGAGGUGGGGCGCUGCAGCGCUGGAGCCUUCGUCUUCUCCAGGACCAAACCUGCAGUCAAAGCAGAUGACAUCCCUGGAAAGGUGAUCUUUGAGAGGAGUGAUAAGGUUGAAGGUUGUGUGGUGCUGCACUGGCCAGAGCCCGCCAUGCCCAACGGACUCAUCCUGAUGUAUGAGAUCAAGUUCCGUCUGGGGACUGAGCCUGAGAAACACGAGUGUGUGUCGCGGCAACAGUACCGCGAGCACAAAGGAGCUCGGCUGACCAACCUGGGCUCGGGGAAUUACUCUGCUCGCGUACGUGCCACUUCGCUAGCAGGGAACGGCUCCUGGACGGAGAGCGUGUCCUUCUACGUGCCUCCACCCAAACGAGACGAUGGUGUUACGUUCUACUUGGUCAUCAUAAUUCCCAUCAUAGUGACACUUUUCAUUGCCAGCAUCACCACGAUUCUCUUCUUCGUCAACAAGAAGAGGAAUAGCGACAGAUUGGGGAAUGGAGUCCUUUAUGCGUCUGUCAACCCUGAGUACUUCAGUGCUGCUGAUAUGUAUGUCCCAGAUGAGUGGGAGGUGGCCAGGGAGAAGAUCACAAUGCACAAGGAGCUGGGCCAGGGCUCCUUUGGCAUGGUGUACGAAGGCAUCGCCAAAGGAGUGGUCAAGGACGAACCUGAAACACGGGUGGCCAUCAAGACGGUCAAUGAGUCGGCCAGCAUGAGGGAGCGCAUUGAGUUUUUGAAUGAAGCGUCUGUCAUGAAGGAGUUCAACUGUCACCAUGUGGUGCGUCUGCUGGGCGUGGUUUCUCAGGGACAGCCAACCUUGGUGAUUAUGGAGCUGAUGACCCGUGGAGAUCUCAAGAGCUACCUGCGGUCUCUACGCAAAGAAAAUGCCACGAGCCAGGUCCUACCCCCGCUCAAAAAGAUGAUCCAGAUGGCAGGGGAAAUUGCCGACGGCAUGUCGUACCUAAAUGCCAACAAAUUUGUCCACAGAGAUUUGGCUGCCAGGAACUGCAUGGUAGCUGAGGACUUCACUGUGAAGAUUGGAGAUUUUGGCAUGACCAGAGAUAUUUAUGAGACGGAUUACUACAGAAAAGGAGGGAAGGGCCUGCUGCCUGUCCGCUGGAUGUCUCCAGAGUCGCUGAAAGAUGGCGUGUUCACUACAAUGUCAGAUGUCUGGUCAUUUGGUGUCGUGCUGUGGGAGAUCGCCACCUUAGCAGAACAACCUUACCAGGGCAUGUCCAAUGAACAAGUGCUGCGCUUCGUCAUGGAAGGAGGACUCUUGGACAAACCUGACAACUGCCCCGACAUGCUAUUCGAGCUGAUGAGGAUGUGCUGGCAGUAUAACCCCAAGAUGCGUCCGUCCUUCCUGGAGAUCAUCAGCAGCAUCAAAGAUGAACUGGAUCCUCCCUUCAGGGAAAUGAGCUUCUUCUACAGCGAGGAGAACAAGCCGCCGGACACCGAGGAGCUGGACAUGGAGGUAGAAAACAUGGAGAACAUUCCACUGGACCCUGCAUCCACCAGGCAGCCCUCUGCUGCCGCCGCCCCCUCGUCGGGGUGCACAGGAGGCACGCCGCCUCCUUCUACACAGCAGUUAUCCCCCAUGCAAGGCCCAAGUACUCCAUUACUGGGACCUGUGUCUCCCUCCUCCCCGGGCCCGGUUGCCUCAGCGUUGGCGUCUCCAGGCCAAGCCUUGGACAAGCACUCAGGACAUGUUUCGGCCAACGGGCCCGUGGUGGUACUGCGGCCCAACUUUGAUGAGAUGCAACCCUAUGCACACAUGAACGGGGGCAGAAAGAACGAACGGGCGUUACCACUGCCCCAGUCGUCGGCCUGCUGAUAUCAGACCAGCCCCUUCUCCUCCUCCUCCUCUUACACAGGGUAACACAAACCUCUCCUCCAUCUCUUAAGGAGGGAUGGAUGAGGUAAGAAACGACUUUCUUCUACUGUGUGCCAGUAGAUGGUCUCUCCACUCCUUUAAGGUCAAACACAAACUGUAAAAACUGAGAAACAGUACAGAAACCUGCUAAAGCAUUUGGAGUUUGGUGGCUCAGACUCGACACUGGGGAACUCCUUCCUGUGCCGCCAGGAUUUCAGUUGUUGUUACAUAAGUCCUUUGAGAAGGAAAACACUAAAGGCAUGUAUCCUGACUUACAGAUUUAGACAUGAACUAAAGAAAAUCUUUUUUUUAGCAUAUCUGCCAGCAAAUCCAACAGAAGAGCACUUUUUUUCCUGAUGAUUUCAGAGGGGAUGUUGUGGAUAUCUGAGUGUGUAUUUAUACAAAACACGGGAUUCUCUCUAUAAUAUGGUAUAACUCCAUUUCUAAAUGACUUUCCAUCAAAAUGACUUUGUUUGCAUGAGCAGACAGGCUCAUGUCACGUGAGGAUGCCUCUAUGAGAAAGUCUGGACUAAGAUCAGUGUUUCAUUUUACUGUUGAUAUUUCUAUGAUCCCCGUCAGGAGCGGGUCAAAAUGGAAGAGGAGGGCCUAUUGUGUAUCUGCCAAACUAUUGCCAAAUCAAGUUUUUUCUUCAGUUUCAUACAGGUCUCCCUUCUUGUUUAAGGCUGUGGUUCAGAGUUCAGAUAAGUCUGUCUGGGAAAUAACACCAAAAUUGUUUGGUAGCACUCAGACUUCAUGCUUAUCUUUAGUACUAACUGCUCGUGGAGCAGCUGUGUGUGUGUGUGUGUGUGUGUGUGUGUGUGUGUGUGUGUGUGUGUGUGUGUGUGUGUGUGUGGAGGGGGGUUAUCACAGAACAGGAUACAGUGUACUGUUGAGAGAGGCCACAUUCACACCUGCAGUCAAAGUUUUCUGAGAAUGUGCAGCAUCUGCAUUGUGGGUGGAAUAAAUCUAGCAGGCCUUGUGAUACUUAGAGAAAUGCGCCACAAAAUUUCUAUUAAAUGAUUUGCAUAUAGAGAGGCCGGUAGAAAAGCAGCAAUGUUUCAUUCAAGAUUUGAAGUAUAGGCCUCUUAAUCCAGUUUAAAGGUACAUUUUCCUCACAUCAACUGACACAGUAUCAGUAAAAACUAGGGGUGGGAAUCACCAGAAGAUCCACGAUAGGAUAUUAUCACGAUACAAUAUUAUUGCAAUUUUAAAUAUGUUGCAAUAUAUUGAAUAUUGUGAUUAAAAUAUAUUGCGAUAUACUGCGAUUUAUAACCUUUAUUCAACUGUAAUUAUGUCCCCAAAGGGAAACAUCUGUUUUUAUCUAAUAAGAUAAAAUUUUCAGUCUGUUCAUCUCACUUUUUUGCAGCAGCAAAAUGUAUCUAGUGGACUGAAAAAGCAAUUGAUUAUAUUAUUCUUGUAGGCUAACUUAAGUUCAAUUUGUAUUUGUCAUAUUAAUGAUUUAUAUAAUUUUAAAAAACACAUUUGGGACUGUGUGACGAUACGAUAUUGCCAAAAAAAUAUCGCAAUACUAUAUCGUAUCGUUUUUUCCCCCACCCCUAGUAAGAAUUCAUCUUAAAAUGAUAAUUUAAUCCGAACUUUGAAAUGUCAGUAUAUUUUAAUAAAGGUCCAGUGUGUAGAAUUUAGUGGCAUCUAGCAGAUAUUAACGUCUCAUUCUAAUGAAACGAAAACACAGUUCUUAUUUUCAGGUGAUUAUAAAGUAAUGAAGUAAUAAUUAUGAAAGUUAAAUGCCAUUUCUACCUAUAGAUGCCCCUAAAUCCUACACACUGAACCUUUAAGUUAAAAUAAUUAGUCAAUGGAUGUAAAAUUUGCAACCAAUUUUAUAAAUUUUAUGAUUUUAUUAUCAAUUUAAUUCAGUUUAUUUAAACAAAAAUGCCCAAAUGUAAUUGGCUCUCCAGCUCCUUAUUCGGUGGGACUUGCUGCUUUUUUGUCAUCUAGACAAGUUUGGGUUUUCAAAAACAAUUGGCAGAUUAAUUGAUGAUGAAAAUAAUAAUUCGUUGCAGCCCUAUAUUUUCAUGUAACUACAUUUGAAAUGGCUGCUUGCUGUUUCUGGUGAUCGGCUUUACAAAACAUUCUGUUGCACCUAAACAGAUGAACAGAAACCCUCCUCUUCAUCACUUGAACAUCCAGUGGAAGCACACACACAACUUGAGUCAGCCACCUCUGAAUCACAGCCUCAGUCUGUCCUCGUUUUAUUAAAACAAAAUCCUAACAAAGCAUCAAGUCUCACACUGCAAGUCACUGAACGUCACAAUCAAGGGAUACGACUCUGCCUCCGCGUUCAUUCAUUCAAACCUUUAUCUGACUUUGUUUUUAAAGUGUACAUUUCAUGCGGGAGGUGAACGUCGUUCUCUGUGAUACUGCUGUUCAAAUUCAAUGGCACCAAAUACACCACAACAGACAGACAGAGUCGAAGACCUGAGACAGAAAAACGAGAAGGCGUUGGAUCGGACUUUAGUAGCCUAGAGACGAUUUUUAAAUCACAGCAGGUCUCUUUUAGAAUAGUCAUUAGUUUCUCUACAUUUCAAACACAUAUAAAGGUCUUACAGUUGUAUUUUAGACUGCAGGAUCGUUUUUAUACACAUCAUUGGUUUUGUCACUUUUUUAAAAACCUUUUUACGGUUCAAAAUGUUUGCCUCUAUGUCUGUACAGAACAAAGCUGCUAUUUUAUUCUUUUUCUCUUUUGGAUGUGUGUACAUAUAUAUACAUAUAUAUAUAUAUAUAUAUACAUAUAUAUAUACACACACAAGAAAUCCUUCAGGUUUGGUAUUUUAUGGUCUCCACUACAGUCCAUUUCUUAUAUCUUUAAACUCUGUUUAAAAAACAAAAAAACUAAAAAAUAAGAUGAUUUAGAUAUAAAAGCAUUUUCUUCUGUUACCCCAAAAGGUUUCCUGUAACACUAUAUUUCGUUCAUUGCCUUUUAUUUUUAUGAAAUCUUUCCUCCUGUAUUUGUUUCGUGGAUGUCUAUAUUAUUAUUAUUAUUAUUAUUAAUAUUAUUAUUAUUAUUAUUUGGAAUGGACACCUUAGCUCGAUGUGUGAGUGUGUACUUUCUGCACCCUUUUUGUACUUGUUGUCUAGCACUGCGCCUAGCAUUGCCCCCUAGGUGCGACUCAAUCUCAGGUCAAAGUAAAGGCUUUGCUUUCUCCACACAUUCUCAUGAUCGUCCUCUACUUGUCUCAGCUUGUACCUCCCCAUUUCCUCCUCCUCAUCCUCAUCCUCCUCACCCCUUACCAUCAUGUUUUGAGUCCAGUAGUGCCCUCUCUCCUCCCCACUGGCCCCUCACUGACCUCUACGACAUACUGUACCUGUUUCCUCCCCCGGUGCCUCCUUUUGAAGUAAGCGUACGAGAUAUUUACUUUACACCAGAUCUGGUAUUUUAACCCAUCCAUUUCUUGCCUCUUCUCGGAUCAAUAGGGCUAAUUGGGUUGUAUUGUUUGCCUUAAUUACGCCAACCAUCUCUCAAGCAUUCGAAAUCAGAUUUUAUUUCUCCUUCCUUUUAUUUUUUUAAACGUUAUUAUAACACUCAAGCGCAAUAUAAUGCCACUUCUGCUAACGUUACGUCUCCAAAGUGAGAACAGGUCUUAUUGUUUGUCUUCAUAAUCACUGCUUCUGAAAACCAAAUAAAGGAUGGGUUAAAGUCCAGGGAAGGGAACACAUUUCAAUGUCAUGAAUGGAAAACAAAAAAGGUCUUAAAAUGGAGGCUGAAUAGUGAUUUUUGAAGGAUUUCUCCUCAUCUUUUUUUGGAAAAUGUUGCCUGGUGAUUUUUUUCUCUCCCCUCUCUCUUUGAAGUUUUUUUUUUCUGUAGGAGUGUUAUUUAUUUAUUUUUUUAUUCUCCUUUUGUGAUAUCAGUUUAAAUCACUGUAUAAAUGCCCCAUGAUUCAGUAUAAAGUUGGAUUUUUUUUUGUAUGUAUUUUCUUUGGUGUCAUGACUGGGGGACUUAAAAGGUUUUAUUUUUUUUUUCCUUCAAGUAUAUAUCUACCUCACUCUUUUUAAAUAUAUGUAUGCGUAUGGAAAACAAGUACAUCUCACUCUUUCUCAUCAGUUUGUAUAGAAACCUCAUCAUCUGGAUAAAACCCACAGGGAUCUAGAUAAACCUCACAAAGCGGACUAGGAUGGGAGAUGGAAUAUCUGUGAUGUAAUCAGCCCACCAGUAAGUUUACACCUCCAAGAAUACAACAGGAGAGAACUUAAGUGCAGUAUGGUUAAGUUUCCUGCAGAAUAAAUAUAAAAUUUUGGGUGUUUAUGUGAGAUAAUAUUACAUAAUUACGCUUAAUUUGACUGAAUGAUAAAGGCAAGAGUGUGGGGCGCAACAUCAGCACCAGAUAUCCCAUCUCCACUGACUCCCAACAUAUUGUCACAACCUCAAAUCCUCAAAAGACAGAAACCUUAAUUUUCUCAUCUAAAAUGCAUUUUUAUAUGAGUCCAAACAGUUAUGAUGGGGAAUAUUUAAAAAGGGAAAAAUGUUUUAUCGACCUCCAAGAACAAAAAAAUGUAUUCGCUGGUCACCUGCAGCCUGUAACGUUGCACGGUUACGGCACAAACGAGACAUCCAGAUGUCAUUCACGCUCAAAAUAUACAUUCAGUUCUAUGUAUGGAUCAGUGCUGUGAAUGUAACACAAAACCUUUGUCGAGAUAGCAGCAACUCCACCUACAUGUUUCUGGACAGUUUCAGUCAUCUAUCAAUGUUGGAUUAGAUUCCGUCUUCUUUUUUUUGUCACCCCCGUAACUCUUUGUGUUUACGUGAACGCCAUCACUCCCUCUGUCCUGAGUCUACCUGCUGAAUGCCAUCACGUUCCAGCUCUGGUAAUGGCUUAUCUCCGCCAUUUUUUUUUUUAACACUUUUUGAUCUCUUGGAAGUAAACUUAACACGCCUUAUUUUGGCCUCUUUGUACUGCUACUUACACUAAUGCUGCUGGUUCAAACCGUCACCUCAGUGGAUCUUAUAUUGUCAUCGAAAAUGUCGAGCACGAAGGUGGCAAAAAAAGGAGCUUUUACAUCUCAAAACUUCUCCUAACAAACCUCAACUCAAAGUGGCUACUUUGGAGAGCGCUGUCUCGGUGCAAGGGCUUCUGGGCUGGAAACGAUUAGAAAACUCAUGUUGAAAUUAAAACCCAAAAGCAAUAAAAGAAAUUACGACUAGGCCACUGGGUAACUUCUAAUGUGAAACCUGGGUGCUCAAUUUCCUCUUAAGCAUUUUAUCUGUGCAUGAUUUAGGAGAAUAUAAGAGAAUGAAAGAGUGAACAGUUUGUUUUUGGUUGACUGCUGCUGAAUAUCACGUCGGUACAGAAAUCACCACUGACAAGCAAACAGCUUGUGUAGUUACUUAACAUAUCUGUGCUUUUUUUUCUCCCUGUUUUGGAUGCAUGUAAGGAUUAAAUGCAAACUCUUCAGUUCCGGGAGUAGACGUUACAUCGAGCUGUCGUGAGGUGAAUUACUGUUGAAUUCAUAGUUACCAUUAGAUCACAAACCUGUCAUAACUGCAGCAUUUAAAUACACACGUGGACAUGUAUAGGACAGGGAUGUUGCGUAGAUUACGGGUAGUCACAGUGAAGAGGUAAACAUGAUUAGAAAAAAGAUGAUAGGCCUAAGUUUACAGCUUCACACUAGUUGCUUUUUUUUUUGCAUUACCAGAUUUCAAAUAUACAUUAACGAACUGAAAAGACAAAAACAUUCAUCUUUUAUCACUUUCAUUCUUCUGAAUGUUCUUCAUGCAAACCUCAGGUUUAUGGAGGAUGCGUCAGUGCAUUCAAACUGCAAUAAUAAGUUUGAGGUUUAUCAUUAUCAUGCCUCUGUUGUUAUGAUUUGCAUUCCUAUACCUUCUGAGGGGGCCUUGGUCUACUGCUAUGAUUUUAUUGCAAUGACUUUCACAAGAUCUCUGUGUUCAUUACCUGAUUGGGGAAAAGAAAUAAUCAAAAAAAAAAAAACCUUCACUAGACUCUGUCUUUUUUCAAGCUCUGUAUCUGAGGCCUCAAACGUUUUUUCACACCUAUAGCUGAGAUGGUGUAUUUUUGACAUGCCAUCUCCAAAUGUGUAUCUGAGAAUUUCUUGUAUUUU